AUGCGCCUCUCCGCAUUCCUCCUCCCUCCGAGCCUGCUCGGCGGCGUCGCAGCCGCCAUCCAACUCCCCGAUUUCCAACCCUUCCUCGCCGCCCUGUCAGACUACCUCCCGCAGCAAUUACAAAACGACACCGCGCACGACCUCCUCAAGCGACAAUACAGCAACACCUGUCCUACAGGCUUCAACUCCUGCGACAACCUCGGCGCUCCCAGCCUCUGCUGCAUGUCAAGUGCUAUAUGCUCCGCAGACAGCGCCGGCCACGUAGCUUGCUGUCCUUCGGGUGCAGCUUGCACGGGCACAAUAGGUGGAGUCAUAAGCUCGGGGACGAUUGGUAGCAAUGGAGCGUUGGUGGGCGGCGGAGCGGCAGCGGCGACGACGACAACGUCGAAUGGAGCCCUCGCGGGAAGUGCGGCCACGACCACCACCAGUUUCCAAUUCGCCAGCACCGCGACUUCGAACAAUGGUCUUGUCGCGGCCACGACUGCUGCAACGGUUGCGACGGGCGGUGGCACAACAGGCAAUGGGUUUAUUGUCGCGGGAUCAAGCACAGUGGCAACGCCUGGUGCAGCGAUGAGAAGAGCCGAAGUGGUAAGUAUAUUCUGAACUGGACAAAGGGAUCUAAAAACUGACAGUUGGCGCAGCCUGCAUUGGUACAUGCAAUCGUCUACGUCUUGGAAUUCCUGCCAAUCUGGUAG